CUCUCCUGGCUCCUCAAGCACCAGACCUUUCAUCAGGGGUUUUGUAUCUGAGGCCCAGAAGUUUUUUACGCAAGAUGAUGAAUGCUGACAUGGAUGCUGUUGAUGCUGAAAAUCAGGUGGAACUGGAGGAAAAAACACGACUUAUUAAUCAAGUGUUGGAACUCCAACACACACUUGAAGAGCUCUCGGCAAGAGUAGAUGCAGUUAAGGAAGAAAAUCUGAAGCUAAAAUCAGAAAACCAAGUUCUUGGACAAUAUAUAGAAAACCUCAUGUCAGCUUCUAGUGUUUUUCAAACAACUGACACAAAAAGCAAAAGAAAGUAAGGCUGAUAUUCAUUCUGUUUUAUGGAAUUGCUGCUGAUUUUUUUUUCUUUAAAAUUUGAGUAGAUUCCAAAAGUUACAGUACCUUUGUUUGUGGCUUCAUUGAAUAUUUAUAAAGAUAAUGGCAGA